UGUUUCUUUAUUCUUGUGUCGUAUGAUCCAAUUAUAAAUGAACCAUAAAUUACAUACAAAGGAUUUAACAGUAGUUGGUUGAGCUCAUUAUAUAUACACUGGCAGAUCUGAGUUAGUAGUAGUUUUCCCAAAAGUCGCAAGUUUAGUUAAACCUCAUUCCCUGCUUCAAACAUUACUAAUUUUCUUCUGUACACAAAUGGCUAACUUGUCAACUUUGCGUUGCGUUGCUGAUACUCUUUUAACUGUGUUGCGAAGCUCCAUGGUGAAAGAGGCGUGCUCCAAAUGGGGCUUUGAGUCUGAAUUGAAAGAUCUCAUUGAUACAGUCUCGGCUGUAGGCAGUGUGCUACGUGAUCUGGAGGCUAAGAAAGAACUUGUCAUCGAAACACGAGAGUGUGUUCAGAUGCUCAAGGAUGCUGUUUAUGAUGCUGAUGAUUUGUUUGAUGAGCUACUCACUGUGGCUGCUCAGACUAAGGGCCGCUUCCAACGUAAUAAUAAACUUCCUGAUAAGGGCUUUUGAGUACUCUGGAGCGUAAGAAGAUUAAAAAGUUGGGUCAGUUGAUAUCAAAACAAGGGUUUUAGAGAACCAGAGUUUAAGAAUUUCCUGCUAUUGGGGUCCUUGGAGGCUUGGAGCAGGCAUUUGAAUCCCAAAGCAGCUCGAAUGUUGAGGAGUUAUCAGAAGUGAUAUUGUUCUGUUGGACUUUGAUGGUACUGAAUUUGUGUUAGAUGUACUUGGAAUGUUUGACGUUUAUUAUAUUUCUUUCUAGUAUGUGCACCAAGCACAUUGAUGAUCUGAGUUUGUAAAAUGGGUAUAAGCCGCACCCAAAAAUGAAAGUUUGUCCGAAUAAAAUCUAAGAGGAGAUUACAUCCCAAUAUCGAUUUGCAAUAUAAUGUAACUCAGGAAGGAUAUAUGUACAUAUGCCUUGCUAAGUUGGUAUCAGAGUAUAGAUUCUUGCAUUAAAAUAGUUUGCCAGUAUUCAUCACUUCUUCAUUUAACAAUACGAGUACGUUCUCAUUACAAUUGUACUUGUACCAGUUAAUCAAAGCUUUUAGUAAUCU